ACACUCUGUUUAAGCAUCUCAUAUCUAAUGGAUAUCUGGAUACAUCGAUCCAAAAGGGGUUCAUCAAUCACGUCAGCGGGUGUCAAGAACAUCAGUUCAAAUUGGUGGAGGCUAUCAGAGAUGCGAAAGCCAAUCAGCGGCUUCAAACCAUUCUAUGGAUUGACUUGCGUAAUGCUUUUGGAAGUGUUGAUCAUAAUUUAAUCCGCUUUGCAAUGUCCCAUUACAAUUGUGGUGAUAUGGUGACAAAUCUCAUUUCCAAUAUAUAUUGUGGUCUUCGCGCAGUCAUUUGCACAGAUGACUGGUGUACUUCCAAUUUUCCUUAUGAGGUCGGUGUAUUUCAAGGGGAUCCUCUGUCAGUGGCUAUUUUUGACAUGGUUUUCAACCUUUACACUGAUGCUUUAGAAUCUCUCGCUCCAACUUGUGCCUAUCAGUUUUCGUCAGUGGCUCAAAACUCUUUCUUGUGUAGUUUUGCUGAUGACGCUGUCGUAGUCACAAGAGGUCCACAUGAAAUUAAUGCUGUGUGCAAGCGAACAGACCAAUUCCUCGAAUGGUCUGGCCUAGAAGUCAAUGCAGCAAAAUGUUCAACUUUUUCACGUCGGAGGCUGAUUCAUCCAACUGUCUUUGACCCGGAAAUCUCUAUACAAGGGCAAAAGAUUCCAUUCUUGUCACACAAAAAAAGCUACAAGUACUUGGGUCUUCCAAUUGCGUCUGAUCUGUCUCAUGCCGACAUUUCAAGAGAGCUUCUGGAGACUACUAAGAAUUUAUUGAAUAAAGUCGAUCAAACAGCCGUUUCCCGAAUGAAUAAAUGUCUUCUCUAUAAGAGAGCGGUGCUACCGCGGCUUUCAUGGUUACUGAGCAUUGCAUCUAUUCCUUUGUCAUGGAUCGAGCAAUCAUUGGACAGUGUAGUCACGAAAUUCUUAAAAAAAUGGGUCGGUCUUGCUCAUUCAGCAGCUGUCUCUCGCCUUUUCCUUAACACCAAGAACGGCGGCCUCCAACUUGGCCAACCGUCAGAUUCUUUCAAGAGACUACAGUCUUGCAACCUGCUUCGAUUUACUAAAUCAAAUGACGAAUGCUUGAGAGCCCUGGCAACUAUAAAGAUUUCAAGAGAGACUGAGUUGUCAUCAACCAGAUUUAGUGCCGGCAGUUUCUUGGCAACUCUUGAUACUUCGCCUGGGUGCCUGCAAUCAAAAAUAAAGAACAUCAAAAAGACGAUUACGGAAUCAUCAAAUAAUCGUCAUUUGUCACAUCUUACCUCCCUGUCUGUACAAGGUCAAGCGGCUCGAUUCAAGGACGUGGAAGCUGAGCACUUUGCCUUGUCCCUAAAAUCUCUACCCGAUGACUUGUUCAAAUGGGCAAUAAAUGGGCUCCAGGACACCCUCCCAUCAGCAACCAACUUACAGUUGUGGAAGAAAAUUUCGUGCAAUCAAUGUCCUCUCUGUCACCAACCCCAAUCGCUGUGCCACGUGCUAAAUGCAUGUCCCAGUCUACUUGAUCGAGGUUUGUACAAACAGAGACACGACAAUACGCUGAGACUAUUUGUGGACUUUCUAAAACGUCAUCUUAGUCAACAGUUUUCCAUAGUAGCCGACCUACCAGAAUCAGUAUACAAUUUUCCUGUCGAUAUAACCUGUACCUGCCUUCGUCCAGACAUUGUUGUUUGGAAUGCCGUCCUCAAAAAGGCCUGGAUGCUUGAGCUGUCGGUCCCAUUCGAAACAGUCGUGGAAGAAACGAAGGCCCGGAAAGAACGCCGCUAUGCCCAACUUGUCAAAGAUGCUAACCAUCAGUAUAAGACGGAGCUUUUGCAUCUCUUGGUUGGGUCGAGAGGAUUGAUUUUUCCUGAAACUCGACGAGCAGUCUGCAUGUUGUGCAAGCCUCUUCAACGCGACUUGGACGAUCUGUUUCAAGCUGUCAUUCAUUCCACCCUGAAAGACUCUUUUCGAUGCUGGUUGGCAAGAAGAGACAACAUCUCUUAACUUAAAA